CUGAAAGUUAGAAGGGGCAGUGCCUCAAGGAAUCACCAGGGCGGGGCAAACAUUGUGAACCAGGCUGGCUGAUCAAGUCUCAGAUAUGGUGCCCACCUGCUGGCUCUAUAGGGAGAGGGCUCAUCAAAGAAGUGUCUCUUCCAGUACUUCUGUCUGGGAAGAAAGCUGACCUCUCCCUACCCCAGCUCUUGCUCUGAUGCUGGGCAGUUCAGUUUCUCAUAUGUUUCUGUUGCCUCUUACGCUGCUGCCCCAUCUCUGGAGCUCAGAGGGAGUGAACUGAGCAAGUCUGUGCAUGGGACUCUAAGAGGAACUUCCUGGGACUCCAGCAGACCUCCAUCUCCCUCAGCCUUAAUCCCUGUUGGCUUUUAUAGCCAGAGUUAUGGGGACUUCUCUUCCUGGCACUGGAACUCUGGGGUGGGGGCCUUGGUGUGGGGCUGGGAUCCUCCUACCAGUAUCACUGUGGCUUCUUCUUUAAUUUCCUAGUUGUAGGAUUUCCAUUCAUCCAAAUUCCAGGUGGUUCUGCAUGAUGUUUGUUCUGUAGUUCAGUUGUAAUUUUGAUGUGGUUGUGGGAGGAAGCGGGUACCACGGUUACCUAUGCCACCAUCUUGCUGGAAGUUGCCACAUACCACUCUUUAAAAGGCUGAAGAUUUAUACAAUCUGAAGAGAAAUCAGAGUAUCACACGCCACUUUUUAAUAUACUUGUUUUGGUAGGCAGAAUCAUUAGUCUUGUUAUUUACACUUCUUUGCGGUCAAAACAUGUUUGUAUAAUUAGGAAUUCAGUUUUUGGCUACUGUGAAAACCCAUGGUGCAUUUUAUGAACAGUUAAGGAUAUUAUCAUUCACACCGUGUUAAGUGCUGAUUUAGUGGGUUAUAAGACAGAUUUGGACCCUGAUGGUGCAUUCUUAAAGUACAAGAAAUGCUUGAAGGAAGAGAAUAGCAGGUAAGUAAAGUGAUGUUUUUCUCAAAAAUAAUUUGCUCUUUCUGUGCAACACAUUAUUCUUUUGAGAACUUUCUUGUUCUAUAGAAGAGAAAUGUUUACACUCUCUAAUUGCUUCUCUUUCUUCUUCUUGUGCCUAAGAGAAGCAGCUACUGAAUGGACCCUCACCAGUGGUUUGUUAAAUUUCUUUAAAAGGUUUAAUUAAACAGCAUGUUUAAAUGUGAAUUGUCAAAUUCAAAAUAUAAAAAAUUGGGUGAAAUAGGACUGAUCUUAUAUACAUGUAAUUUUUUUCUCUCCCGUAUUUUCAUCUGCUCACCACCCCCCCCCCCCCAUUAUCUCAUUAUCACUAAUGUAAUGUAUCUACUAUGCAGGGUGCAGUGCUACUGGACACACAAGAAUAUAGGAGUGGCUUCCUGCCUUAGAGUUUAUGCACGUUCUCUACUUGGAAUGUGUUUCUUGCUAUUCUUUUGUUUAGGUAACUGCCACUCAUCCUUUAGAUCUCAACUUAAAACAUCACUUUGUAUGAGAAGCUUCAUGGACUUUACAUGAAGUCAUGGACCAUGUAUAUUUUGUACACUUUGGUUCUUUGGAAGGUAGCAGAAUGCUUGGUACUUACCAGGAACUCAUUAAUUGGUGUAAACUGUCUGUCAUGGAGCUUUGGAUCUAAAUGGCAGAAGCAGAUAUUGAAACACAUUUAGAAAUAUAAUGUGCUCUGUUCUGUACUAAAAGCAGUUUGCGUGCACAGAGAAGGAAACAACUCUGCACCAGAGGAUAGAUGGAGUCCCUUUGCUCUUGUCUGCUGCUUUUUUAAAACUAGUGUGAUAUUAGUAUGUACUUUUCAAGUUAACUUAAAAACAUUUGGAAUAUUGGUUCAUGCCAAGAAGUUCCCAACAAAGCUUUCCAAAACAAUAAAAUUAUCCAUAUUUUUUUCUUGUAGCCUUUUGUUUAAAGUUGUUUUCUCUGAGAUGUGUUACAGGAUGGUGUGUGGGAGGAUUUCCAGAUUCACGGGAUGGCUAAACAUUAAUGGAAAGAGAAGCAUAAACCUAUCUUCUUUCACAAUGGAGGCAGGUUUGGCAGAUGGAGAACCUGACCGAACUUCGAUCUUGCCAUAUUCAGAAGUUGCUGAAGUUCAAGAGACAACCCAGUCCUACAGGUGGUAAGAAUAAGAAGUUAGCGGUGUGCAGCUUAGCCAUGUGCAGAGGACUUCAGUGGUGUUCCUUGCUUCUUGGUGAUAGCAAAGAUGUCCUUGGGCCAUCAACUGUGGUAGCAAACAGUGAAGAAUCUCAACUUCUGACACCAGGAAAGAUGAGUCAGCGCCAAGGGAAAGAAGCUUAUCCAACGCCAACCAAAGAUUUGUAUCAGCCAUCUUUUAGUCCAGCAAGUCCUCAUGGCCAGGGUUUUGAAAGAGGAAGGGAAGACAUUUCUCAAAAUAAAGAUGACUCUUCACUUUCUAUGUCAAAGAGCAAGUCUGAAUCUAAACUUUAUAAUGGCUCGGAGAAGGACAGUUCAGCUUCAAGCAAGCUCACAAAGAAAGAAUCUCUCAAGGUACAAAAGAAAAAUUACCGAGAAGAAAAGAAAAGAGCCACAAAGGAGUUACUCAGUUCAAUCACAGAUCCUUCUGUUAUUGUUAUGGCUGAUUGGUUGAAGAUUCGUGGUACUCUAAAGAGCUGGACCAAGUUGUGGUGUGUGUUGAAACCCGGGGUGCUACUGAUCUAUAAAACCCAAAAAAAUGGUCAGUGGGUAGGAACAGUCCUUCUGAAUGCCUGUGAAAUCAUUGAGCGUCCAUCAAAAAAGGAUGGCUUCUGUUUCAAACUUUUUCAUCCUUUGGAGCAGUCUAUUUGGGCAGUGAAGGGUCCAAAAGGUGAAGCAGUUGGAUCUAUAACUCAGCCUUUACCUAGCAGUUACUUGAUCAUCCGAGCUACUUCGGAGUCAGAUGGAAGGUGCUGGAUGGAUGCUUUAGAGUUGGCUUUGAAAUGUUCUAGUCUUCUUAAACGUACAAUGAUCAGGGAAGGAAAGGAACAUGAACUGAGCAUUUCAUCAGAGAGCACACAUGUGACUUUGUAUGGCUUAUUACGUGCUAACAAUCUCCACAGCGGUGACAACUUCCAACUAAAUGAUGGUGAAAUAGAACGACAGCAUUUUAAGGACCAAGAUAUGUAUUCUGAUAAAUCCGAUAAAGAAAAUGAUCAAGAGCAUGAUGAGUCUGACAAUGAGGUGCUGGGGAAAAGUGAAGAAAGUGACACAGACACAUCAGAAAGGCAAGAUGACUCAUACAUCGAGCCUGAGCCUGUUGAACCUCUAAAGGAGACCACCUACACCGAACAGAACCAUGAGGAACUUGGAGAGGCAGGUGAGGCUUCUCAAACAGAAACUGUGUCUGAAGAAAACAAAAGCCUUAUCUGGACCCUGCUGAAACAAGUCCGUCCUGGCAUGGACCUGUCCAGGGUGGUUCUGCCUACCUUCAUUUUGGAACCUCGUUCUUUCCUGGAUAAACUUUCAGAUUACUACUAUCAUGCAGAUUUCCUAUCUGAGGCUGCUCUUGAAGAAAAUCCUUAUUUUCGUUUGAAGAAAGUAGUGAAAUGGUAUUUGUCAGGAUUCUAUAAAAAGCCAAAGGGACUGAAGAAACCUUAUAAUCCUAUACUUGGUGAGACUUUCCGUUGUUUGUGGAUUCAUCCCAGAACAAACAGCAAAACUUUUUAUAUUGCUGAACAGGUGUCCCAUCAUCCACCAAUAUCUGCCUUUUAUGUUAGUAACCGAAAGGACGGAUUUUGCCUUAGUGGUAGUAUACUGGCUAAGUCCAAGUUCUAUGGAAACUCAUUAUCUGCAAUAUUAGAUGGAGAAGCACGAUUAACUUUCUUGAAUAGAGGCGAAGAUUAUGUAAUGACAAUGCCAUAUGCUCAUUGUAAAGGAAUUCUUUAUGGCACAAUGACACUGGAGCUUGGUGGAACAGUCAAUAUUACAUGUCAAAAAACUGGAUACAGUGCAGUACUUGAAUUUAAACUAAAGCCAUUUUUAGGAAGUAGUGACUGUGUUAAUCAAAUAUCAGGGAAACUUAAACUGGGAAAAGAAGUCUUAGCUACUUUGGAAGGCCAUUGGGAUAGUGAAGUUUUUAUUAAUGACAAAAAGACUGAUAAUUCAGAGGUUUUCUGGAAUCCAACACCAGACAUUAAACAAUGGAGAUUAAUAAGGCAUACUGUAAAAUUUGAAGAGCAGGGAGACUUUGAAUCAGAGAAACUUUGGCAGCGAGUAACUCGAGCCAUAAAUGCGAAAGACCAAACAGAAGCUACUCAAGAGAAGUACAUUUUAGAGGAAGCUCAAAGACAAUCUACCAGAGAUCGGAAAACAAAAAAUGAAGAGUGGACUUGCAAGUUAUUUGAACUUGAUCCACUCACAGGAGAAUGGCAUUACAAGUUUGCAGAUACUCGACCAUGGGACCCACUUAAUGAUAUGAUACAGUUUGAAAAAGAUGGUGUUAUCCAAACCAAAGUGAAACAUCGUACUCCAAUGGUUAGUGUCCCAAAGAUGAAACAUAAACCAACCAGGCAACAGAAGAAAGUGGCAAAAGGCUAUUCGUCCCCAGAACCUGAUAUCCAGGACUCAUCUGGAAGCGAAGCUCAAUCAGUAAAACCAAGUACAAGAAGAAAGAAAGGGAUCGAAUUGGGAGAUAUUCAAAAUUCCAUCGAAUCUAUAAAACAAACACAGGAAGAAAUUAAAAGAAAUAUUAUGGCUCUUCGAAAUCAUUUGGUUUCAAGUGCACCUGCCACGGAUUAUUUUCUGCAACAAAAAGACUACUUCAUCAUUUUCCUCCUGAUUUUGCUUCAAGUCGUAAUAAACUUCAUGUUUAAAUAGUUAUUUGAAUCAAUGAACUGGAAUGCUCAGAUUUGGCCUGGGACCACUUUUCAAGUUUGUUUGGUUUAAUUAAAACAUCACAAUAUUUCUAAAACAAAACCAUAGAGAUAAAUGCAGAGGUAUUGACCUUUCAUACCUUUUAUCUUUAACCAGAAACAAGAGCUAUAUUCUGUGUGAUUAUUAAAGUGAACUAUGUGUUAAGUGCCAGAACAUUUCUAGCUUUUGUGAGAAUGUGUCUACAUGUGAGUAUAAUAAAUCCACAUGUACACACAAUUGUGUUUUAUGUAUACCUGAUAGUAAGUAGUCUUUGUAUUCUAUAGUAUGUUCUGAGAAAUAGCACUUAUGGUCAUAACAAAAUGUUAUCAAUAUUAGAAAUAGAUGUAUAGUAACCUAUUUUCUGCAUAACAGGCACAAACUUUUAUCAAUAAGAAAUUAUAAAAUAGGAAAUGAUGGGAUAAUAGACAUAUUAUAAAUAGUUCAAUACACUGUACUGUUUUUUAAAAAAUCAUUUCCAAAACACCUAGUUCAGCUGUCUUAGACAAAGCAAGAAAAAGUGUGGUCAAAAUUGAUAUAUUGAGAGAUACAAGGUGGCAACUUGCUUUUUUAAAAGUUUACACAAGAUUUUUUUACCCCCUCGAAUUCAGUAUUUAUAGAUACAGGUACAAAUCACACACGUGUAUAUCAACAUAAAAAUGGUAUGUGGCUACUUGGAUCUGUUGAUUUUAUCUUUCUUAUACCUAUAUAAUACCACCGUAGGCACUUGCUGAUAAAAGUGUGGUCAGAACUGGUUGCUAUUCUUUUUUUCUUACUUUUGUUUUUUUAAACUCAGUUCAGUAACACAGGCCAAAUUCUAGAGAUGUUUAUACAGCAGCAAUUUUCAACCUUUUUCAUCUAUUGGCACCCAUACAAUAAUUACUAAAAUGCUGUGGCACACCAAAAAAUAUAUUUUUGCUGAUCUGACAAAAAAAACUAGGUAUAAUUUUGAUUCAUUC